AUGAAAGUGAUUGAAGAAGAAUUAAAUUAUCAAUUAGAAUGGAUUGAUAAAAUGUAUUAUAACAAACAAUGUGAAGGUUCGACACUUUUAGUAACAAAUAAGUUAGAAGAAAUACGAAAUAUAACAAAUGAAAUAGAAAUUAAAGAACAAGAAAUGGUUCAAUAUAAAUGGAGUCUUUUAAUAAAUCCAUAUUUUGGAGAAGGUGAAUUAAAAGGAAUAAGAGUAAUGAAAAAGUAUUCAACAACUUGUGCACCAGUUGAAUUUGGACUAAUAAUAAAAUUAAAUAAUAAAAUUAAAAUAAAAAGAGUUUUGUAUAAAAAAGGAGAUGAUUUAAGAGUUGAUUUAUCCGCAGAAUUAUCAUUUCAUGUUUUUAAUUGUAUUUGGAAUAAAUUUAUAUUUAAGGCAUCUCCUCAUAUUGUUAAUAAUGAAGUCAUCAAACCAUUUGCUGAAACUUAUGACGUUAUUCCAUUUAAUGAAGGUGGUUUAAUUGAAAUGGUUGGUUGUUCUAAUGAAACUCCGUUAUGUUUAACUCAUACCCAAUUAAGUUGUUGUAUUGAUGGGAGAACAUUUGAAUUAUAUAGUUCAAUUCCUUGUAAUAAAUGUCAUCAAAUAUUAGAAGUAUCAUCAUGGGAUUUAAAUGAUAAAAUGAAAUUAAUCGCUUCACUUUCAGGUGGAUUUGUUGCUGGAUUUGUUGUUGGAUUAAGAGAUCGUCAUUUAGAAAAUAUGAAAUUUCAUUUAUGUACUCAUAGAUUUGUUCAUAUUGACUUUGGGUAUAUUCUCAAUAAAAAGCCAUAUUUUGAUGCAAACAGAUUUGCUAUUCCAACAGUUAUUAGAAAUGAAUUACAAAAGACUAAAGUAAUAAUUGAUAAUGAAAUAAUGAAUGGAUGGGAUGCUUUUAUUAGUCUUUCAACAAUUGGUUAUCUUAUGUUAAGAAGAAACGUUGGAUUUUUAACGAGAAUUAUUUCAUUAUUAUUUUCAUUUGAUGAAAAUUUUACUGAUGAAGCAAUUACCCAAUGUCUUUCUCAUUCAUUUUAUUUAACAUUAAGUGAAGCAACUGCAGUUAAUACAUUAAUUGGACAUUUACAAGUAUUUUCAAUUCAAAAGAUGAUUAAAGACUCACAACAUGAAAUUUUACGAUGGUGUCGUGGGUUGAAUUAA